AUGUGCCGUCUCUUGGUCUACAAAGGCACGAAUGAGAUCCUCCUCAGCAAACUAGUAACAGAGCCCAGUCACUCGAUCCUGACGCAGUCGUAUGACUCCCGACUAAGGCUUGACACGCGCCGCCCUGUCAACGGCGACGGUUUCGGCGUCGGCUUCUACCCAGACCCAAAACUCGGCCCCGAGCCCUGCAUUUUCACAUCGACCCUGCCGGCAUGGAACUGCGAGAACCUGGAGCGGCUGGCGAGCAAGACUUGCUCUAACCUCGUCUUCGCUCAUGUGCGCGCAACGACAGAAGGCACGCUGGCCGAUAACAACUGCCACCCUUUCCAGCACAACUCGCUAAUGUGGAUGCACAAUGGCAACAUCGGCGGAUGGAAGUACGUCAAGAGACCGCUGGGCGCCUCCCUGGGAGAUAAAUGGUAUCUAGGUGUUAAAGGAGGCACGGACAGUGAAUGGGCUUUUGCUCUGUUCCUCGACCUGAUGGAGAAAGAAGGCGCAGAUCCCAGUGCUGACCCAGGCCCCGAGGGGUUCGGCCAGGCUUUUUUGCGGCAGAUCAUGUUCAAGACAAUUGCCAAGAUCAACGAGUUGAUCCGCCAGAUUCCCGAGAAAUACAAAGUCACGGAUCUCGAAACCAGGAGCUUGCUCAAUUUUGCCGUUACCGAUGGCCACACGGUGAUAUGCACGCGGUACGUUAGUAGUAAAACGGACGAGCCGGCGAGUUUGUACUUUUCCUCUGGCACGAAAUGGAAGGAGGGCAAGACAAAGGGAAUCUUCAAGAUGGAGCGUCACGACAAGGGGGCCGAUAUAGUUCUCGUCGCGAGUGAACCCAUCACUUUUGAAAGACACAACUGGGUAACGGUCCCGACGAACUCGAUCUUAACGAUUCACAAACAGACUGUUCUAGUACAUCCCAUUCUCGACGAAUUCUACAACGAUGACCCAAACCAUGACCGGUCGUCUGUUUAUGCGCUCUCCAAGGGCCUAGCUCCACCGGCCGUUGUCUCGCCAAAGAAGAGCACCACUGUCACCGAGACAGAUGCAAAUGGAACAAGUAUUGACGCUCUGGCGCGAAAUGCUGCCCAGAUACCGCUUGCUUCGUAA